AUCAUUCAAUUUGAAUGACAAACUUAAAAGAGGAAGAACGCAGCAUAUUUAUUCACUGAUUAAGCUUUCUGAAGUAGCAAAAUUGCUUAGGAUUUUAAUAUUCAAUUCAACCAAUUUAAUUUAAUUUAAUUCAACCAUGGGUACCACCAAAUCAAUAUGCGUGCCAACAUGUUUUCCACGCCACUUUGGCAGACAGUGUUGUAUUGUGCAUAGUUGUAUAAACGACAAAUUGCUACAACGCUUAUGUCAAAUUAUGUACGCAAAAAUGCAACCUUAAUCAAAAUGGCUAACGCAAUUUUAUUGUUUGGCGAAUGAAAAUAAUUUCAAUUAAUUUUUAAAGAUAUUGAAACGCCUAAACCCUCAUGAAUUUAUUAAAAAUAUAUAAUUUAAAUAACGAUCGAUUGCUUAGAAUAGUUUUAAUUUGCCCCGAGAUAGAAGAAAUAACAAAAAGAAGUGUCUGAAUACAGCCUCGUCGAAUCAAUUCACACUCGAUAUUUCGUGUGUGUUGGAGGAAAAAAAGUGUGCUCUGAUAAAUUCUACAAUUUUUAUGAAAAUCAUGCUGAUAUUUGCAAAAGAAAAUACGCAAAAGUAAUUAUCAUUGUUAUAAAUCGUCGGGACGAUUGAAAUUUGCUAAAUAAAUUGUCAUAUUCGAAAAGAAUAUUGAAAAUUGUGAAAUUAUUUUUUUUUCGUGAACACGGAUAUCGAGAAGAAAAAUUCUGGGUUGCGAUUAAAUAAGAGGGUGGUGUCUCGUUGAGACUCCUCGCGAGAGACGACCGAGGCACAGACGCGCACUCGUUUCUUGGGUUUUAUUUAGUUGCCCGUAAUCGUUGCCGCUGUCGACGUCUGUGAAGAAUUGUGAGGCUGAAUUUUAAGUAAAAAUCACAUUUUGCAUCCAGCCCGCGGUAAUCUCAACCAACUGAAAGAACCACGCGGUGAACGGACAAUCCAUACCUGAAAUAUUGUGUAAGGUGUACCAAAAAAAAAACGAGACCACGUUAAUGUUACCAUCCAUGGUAAAGCCAGUAUUUUUGGAUGUUGCUUGUUGGAGUGAACAUCAGCAUCAAGGAAUAUUCUUCUCAAUGAUAAACAUAGCGACGGUACAUUGUCCUCGCCAACAAAACAAAUAAACCAAGCAUACUAGACUACAACAAAAAACAAGGAAAAUUCUGAAAAAUUAUGGAAACUUUAAAUCCACCUCAGCCAGAUCCAGCAGCAAGUACGUCUAGCAAUUUACUUUCAGCACAGUUAGAAAAUUCGCCGCAGCCAACUGAAGAUGUAGAGACAGAAGAUUCCUGUUCAAAUACACAGAACUCGACGGAAGAUUUGUCUGAAGAAAAUAGCAAUAAAAUCGAGAAUGUGGAAGAUAGUCAAGAAGCACAAAGUGAGACCACAAUUGAGCAAAGAACUACAAACCAGCUGUCUGCUGGUGACACUGACCAGCAAGAGGAGAAAGAGGAAAAAACAAAAUCAUUGGAUGUAAGUGGCAACGAUGAGAAUAAUGAUGACCGCAUUGGGGGCGAUGACACGCAACGACAGGUGGAGGCAGAAAAACCUCAAGUGUCGCAUAGCCCAUAUGUUGAAGGGGAAUCAAAUCUUGUAGAUCUUAUAAUGAAAAAUGGAACAAGAAAUGAAAUCCAAAAAUGCCACUAUGAUGGCGAUACCGAAAAGGAAGAAGAAGAAUUAUUGAAAUCUGAUGACGACGAUGAGCAAGGAAAAAAUUGCAGUGUUCCGGACAAGGACGGUAACGUAGGCUUUGUGUCUAUGGAGCAAGAAGAAGAAUUGCUAAAAAGCGAUGAAGAAACAGAAAUGACCGACAAACUUGUGCCUUGUGACAAGGGCAGCUCUAGGGAUAAAGAAGCCUCAAAUGAGGAGAUUGUGUGUAAUGCAGAUAGUUCUGGAAAGGAAAAUGAAGCUGACUUUGAAACUAAUGAGAAUACAGCCCAAGAACUUGAAGUUCCCAAACAUGACAAUUUAGUCAUAAGUAUUGAUGAUGAAAACAGCAAUGCUUGCACCAGCAAAAAAGUCAAACGACGCAAAGAGAAGAAAAACAGUGAAAAUCAUCGCAUACUCUAUCAAUUUGAUAUCGAUGAUGACUCUAGCCAAGAAAGUCGGGAAAGCAAACGUCUCAAAUCAGAGGAGAAUAAAGCAGUGCCAAUGGAAAUAGAUGGCAAUAGAGAUGAAGUACGUACGACUGAAGAAACAGCUACAGAAAAAGUGGACGGCGAUGAAGGCGCAAUGCCAACAAAUACCCAGAAUGAUGAUACUAAACAAAGUUUGCGAGAUUACUCUUCGCCCAUUAGGUCUAUUCGUGAAGAGAAAAGUUCUCCUUAUAAAAAUGCGGAGGAAACAGCUACAGAAGAAGUCGACGGCAAUGUGGACGCAAUACCAACAAAUUGCCGGAAUGUUGAUACUAUUCAAAGUUUUCAAGAUUACUCUCCACCCAUUGGGUCUGUUCGUGAAGAGAGAAAUUCUCCUAACCAAAUUCAGUCAACUGAGCAAACAAUCGCUGUCGCAUCCUCGUUUCGGGAAGAGAAGGAGAAUAGCAGAGAGAGCAGAAAUCCCUCAAUGCCUAGCCAGAAAAGCACUUUCGGUAACGAAGCUGAUAAUAUGAGUGACACAUCCGACCAUCAUAGUGUAUCUGAGACAGCAGAUGUGCAAGAUAUUAAUGAAGAAGAGAACACACAAGAGGCUGAAGAUAGCGAAAAAGAUGAUAUCGCCGAAAUCUCUUCCAUGUCGGCAGUCAAAGAAGAGCAGGCAUUGCAGGGUGACGCACAAUCGACUCAAGAUAAGAAAUGUGCCUUGAAUUUGGUUGAAAUACCAAAAAUUUGGAAUACAUUUGCAAAUGUUUAUCCGACGGGAGAGAUCGACACUCCUAUAGAGAAAACGAACGAAGAAAUCGAAGAAGAGAAUAAUGGAUCUUUUCAUUCCACUAAACUUAAUGGCAAUCAUAGUGGCAAUAGCGGCUUGGAUGUAUAUAACGAGAAUAAUUCGAACGAAAGUAUUAGAAGCAGAACAAAUCUAUCCAAAUCGCCAGAUUUAUUUUGCGCCCAAGACUCAGGCGAUGCAUAUUUGCCCCAAAGCGAAGAGGCGAGAAUAGAAUUUCCAAGCGAAACCACCAGCCGAACUCCUCAAGCAUCUGCGCAUGCAUCCUCUCAAUCUUCGGAAAGUAUUCAGUCUCCUUUGCGUUCACCAGCAAGUGGUGAAGCCAAAACCAUUCCUCUUUCGGAUACAACACCAAACAGAGAAGGUCACGUCUCGUCGCUGACGUUGGUUGAAAAUAAUUUGCCUCAAAACGAGGAGGCUAGAACCGCUUUUCAUUUUAAUGCCAGUCAGGAGGAAGGCUCCUACGAAGAUUCCCCAAAGCAAACAAAUGCUUUGCAUACGAGUACACAACAAACGGAACGCCAUGAGUUCUUUCAACAUGACUCGGAUAAUGAGACCGAACUUAAAAUUAAUGAGGAAACCCAAGAAGUACAUCGGAAUACUAAUCACUUAAAUGGACCACUUGCUGGAAGUGACUUUACGCCUUUUCGCGGGAAAUCUUUGCUCGAUAAUGUAGAUGAGGCUAGCCGCACUUCAAUGGCAUCGGCAGCUUCCUGUUCUACCAAUACUUCUUCUUCACAACAAUUGGUUAUCGAUCAUCCCUUGGAGGAUGUGAAAGAGGAAAAGAUUCAACCUUUGAGGAUUUCAUUAAAACGCAGAAUCUCCCGCACCAGCGACGAUGGUUUCUUAAAUGGUCCUAAACAAAAACAGGUUCAUUUGAAUGAGGAAAAUGAGGCGCCUCAAACUUUCUCGUACAAAAUUACUGACAACCCCAACUAUGACACCAUCAGUAUGUCAAUGUCGAAGUCGUUGCAACAGACUCCCAUUGAACCCUUCGGCCAGGAAAUUCAGCGUUCCAGCAGCGUAAAUAUCGUUGUAAAAAUGGAAACAAAUGACCCUGAACAGACUAACCUCUCACAUAUGCCGCAGAUGGAAAUUGCAGUACCGCCACCCCCUCCAGCUUUUAAGUCAUUACUGUUGCAACAGCUUGAAAGGCCCAUAUCUUCACCCAGUGUAACUAGAGCCCAAUCAUAUUCACUUACCACUCAGGCAUCGCUUAUGCCCAUGGAUGUACCACCUCCAUCUCAACUUCCGCCUGUCCCUAUAAUAAAUGUACCUUUAAUGCAACAGCCACCGCCACCGGCAACCAUUGCUGAAAUUCCUCUUCAAAGCCAAUUUCACAGUCCACCUUCUCAACAGCAAAUGCCUGUGACAAAGUAUCUUUGUUUUAAGUGCAAGAUGGGUAGCUUCGAUUCCCUUGCCGCUCUCACCGAACAUCAAACUGUGUGCUUGUCCUCGAAUAGUUUCUUUCCAUUUCAUCCACCACCACCUCCGCCGCCACCACAGAUUUCACCAGCGGCAGUAACGCUUCCGCCCAAUUCCACCCUACCAGCGUUCUUAGAACCCAAAUCUGCAGCCGCCUUACCUUUGGUGAGCGUUAAAGAAAGUGGUUCUGGUCCUGUGGUAAACAAGAAACGCUUCUACAAAUGUUCCAGUUGUAGCACUUAUCAUGAGAACUGGAACCUUUUUCUGCACAUUCACGAAAUACACAACCGGCAUAUGUGUAUGUAUUGUGUCCGUUUCUUUCCGACUGCUGAAAAGCUGGCGCUGCAUUUAGAAAUCAAACACGAUUUGGAGCAAACGCAUUUCAAUUCGGAGGAAGCUUUGCGUAAGAGCAUACCACAAAUGGAAAGUUAUCCGCUUGAGGCAAGAAUUCUUAUGUGUUGUACGUGUGAACAUUUUUUCGAGGCGAGCGAACAAUUCUCGCAACAUGAUUGUGCGGAAUACAUCAAGCCUUGUGCAUUGUGCGGCCAAAAGGGCCGACAUACCAAUCACUGCAAGGCUCAUCCGGACAGUAAACGUUUUUCGAAGCUCAAAAAGAAAAAGGAAAAGACACCUAGCGCUUCCUUAGUUCCCAUAGGCCAAGAAAAGACAAUUGUGGAAAAUAUUCCUCCAGAAUCUUUUGCUCUAGGUAAGCAACUUGCUGCAAAUCCUUCUUCCUUAAAUUCCAAUUCCAAUUUGAACUGUGAUAGUGGCCGGAAUGUACAACGCCCACCAACCCCAAAUGCUUUGCAUAGCGAAGAUAGUAACAGUAGUAGUAAUAUGGUCAUCGACGAAUCCUGUAACACCAGUAGUUUACUUCCUCAAGCUGCAACUUCCCUUCCGCCUACGGCUCCGGCGGAGCCGAGCGAUUCUAUAGGACACCAACAUUCUACUAGUGCACCUAUAGAGCCCGAUCUACCGCCAGAUAGACCAGAACUAGAAGAGGAAGAAAAUGUCAUUAGAAAAGUGCCACCGUUGAGGUUGGUAGUUCCCAAGUUUUUGCUGCGAGUACCCAAGGAAUUUCAAAAAUCUGUGGAUGAUGCCCUUUCCUCCUCUGAGAGCGAAGAACCCGACGAAGAGGAAGGAAGUGAAGAUCAUGAAAAGAGCAUUGAUAAUCCUAAUGACUCAUCGGCUACCAAUGAAAUCCCCACAGAGGGAAAUUCAAGUGUUAGCCUCUUUGUCGAAACUACACCCGCCAAUUCUCAGGACAGAGACAUCGAACGAAAUUCUGCCACGGAAUCUGCUACUGAAGCUACAAAUUCGCAAGAGGAUGAAGUGGCCUGCGACGAAAGCGGCGGAAACAGCAUCUACCAAAAUCGCACACAAUCGCAGGACGAUGACGAUUCGUUGGAUGAGCCAAAUUCGAAUUUGGUUCGCAUUAUGCAGGAGAUCGAGCGAACGAAAUUAGACAUAAAACGUACCAAGAAAUCAUCAUUUCGCCACAAUCACAACAAACAAUUUGCUGAACCACGACAGCCUACCAUCUCCCAGAGCAGCAUUCGAACUACGGAUCAUAAUUGGUCCCCAACGCCUCCUGCCUCUCCCAACUCAAGAUGGUUUACACCAAGGCGACCGACUGUGUCCAUAUCACACAGUGAGGAAUCUCUACAGCAACGACUCGCUCAAAGAGAAGAGCCUCUUAUGCGCCAUCUUAGCAUGGAGCAAAAUUCCGUAGAAAAAGAAUUGCCACCACCUCCAAUAGAGGCCUUGCCCGCCAUGGCAGUAAGUCCUGCAAAAAUUCAAGUAACUCAUGAGCGCAGGGACACAAUAGGUAGCGAUAUGAUGGACAUCGAUGAAGCCAUUACGGCCCAACCAACACAAACCAUUUAUGGAGAGGAAUCGCAGCGACCUCGCGGCAGCGAUCAUUUGAAUACUUCGAUUGAAAGCGUUGACAAUGAACCUAUGGAGACAAAUCAAGCAUCGGAUACUGAGACUGAAAUGGACCCUGGUUAUACUACGACGCCAACACAACCAAGCGCUGAGGAUCAAGCGCACUACCAAGAACUGCCAAUAUCUCAAACAACUAUGUCACAAACCGAUGACGAUAACGAUAACGAGACAACACAGGAAGACGUAAAUGUUUCACUCACACAAAGCUCACAACAGAGUAAUGGGCCAGAGAAUACCAGUGUCCAGCUGGAGGAAGAUGAUGACGAAGAUGUGGACGUCGAUGUAGAUGUUUGCGAUACUAAAGAACAAAAUCAUUGUGAGGACAAUAGUGGUAAGGGCGUUGAAAGUGCAGAGCAAAUGGAAAAACUGCCACCAGCUGAUGGUAUUGAAGUGGCUGAUGAGGACACUAUUACAUUGGAUCUACAAUUGGAUCAGCCAUUGGAUAAAUAUGAAACCGUGGAAUUUGUUCGCAUUUGCCUGAAGACAGUCUAUCCAACAUGCCUGUACUGCAAUCAUGCCAGACGAAUUGCGGUCAAUGGUAAAAGUUUGGUGUUGCACAUGAUCGCCCAACAUCGUUUCACCGCCACCGUCGACAGCAUAACCGCCGAAGAAUUGCAGGCCGACACCAUUGUUACCAAAUUGAAAAGUUUUCUGCCAGAACUAGAAGAGCAUUACUUUAAUGCCAACAGCUAUUGCACAGUGGGCAAUGGUGCGUUCACUAAAAAUUACAAUGAACGUAUUUUCGAGUGCUUUCAGUGCCGUGUUGUAGCGGCUACCCAUAAGGAACUUUAUUUGCACAACCGGAAAAUGCAUCUUCGCACAGCCAUUCUGUGUUUUAUGUGUCGCGCAAACUUUUUUAGUUUCAGCGAAAUUCUAUGCCACAUCUGUCCAGGGGCACCGAAUAAGGUGUCCGUAUUCGAUGUCCAAUUUCGUUGUUGUUUGUGCGAACUUGAAAAUAUACCUUCGCCGUUUCGGCUUAUGGUCCAUUUGCGUAAAAAGCAUUUCGCUUGCGACGUUUGCCUCGAAGAUUGUCGUGAUCAGAGUAAAUUGUCAUCCCAUGUCUGGAAACAUAAGUUGCAUCAUUUGUGUUACCGUUGCGGCAUAGCGUAUCGCAACAAAUUGGACAUUACCAAACAUUUGUUCUGGAAGCAUGGCACAGAGAGCACCAUAUGUAAAAAGUGUCUGCAAAAGAAAUGGCCACAUGUCUAUCAUUUUUGCAUACCCCCUCAACAAUUCAUCUGUGAAGUGUGUAACCUGUGCUUCUCGAAGGCCAUGUAUUUAAGAGUGCACAAACGCAUACACUCGGGCGACUUCCGUUAUCCUUGCAUAGAAGACGAGUGUGAAGAGAAAUUUAUAUCGCGUAGACUUUUACUCAAGCACGCCGCUGUGCACAUGCCGCCACCCGAGAAGCUGGAAAAUGUUGAGGAAAAUAAAGACAAUCUGGGGCAAGAAGCCAAGGAAGAGGUUAAAAAUGAAAACAACGUUUCGGAAGGUUUAACACUACAGGUGGAAAUUAAAAAGGAACCUUUGGAUCACACCGACUUGGAGACAAAUACUCUGAAAAAGGAAAAGGAAGAACAGUCACAAGAAAAAAUGAAAGAGGAUGAGACUGAACAUUCAGGAGGAGUAAAUGAGGAUCCAGCAAAGACAGAUGAGAAGAAACCAGCCGAGGCGCUUCGUAAAAAGCGUAAGAAGAAUAAAAGACGGAAAGAAUUGAUUGAGGAUUUAAAUUUGGCUGCACCCAAUCUUUCUGAAACUGACUCCAGUGGUGGCGAUGACUCGGAUUCCGACUCUAAAACAAGAAGUGAAAUUGACGCCAUGCCCAGAGUGAUGCUAUCACCCCCUUCGGAGGCAGAAGGCGACGAAGACGACAAAGCCAUGGAUAGCACAGGUGUGUCUCAACCUGGAAAAGUUUUAGCAAUAUGGCAAAAUUUCCUCAAAAUGCAACAAGCGACAACACCGGAAAGGGAAAAGUCAGUCGAACCCAAAGAGGUGAACAACAUAAUGUAUGGCCCUGUGCAUAUUGCUCUAUCCGACCACGAUUACUACAAGCUGUAUGAGCCUCCUCCACCUCCACCUCCACCACCGCCGACGGCAUCCAAAGAUACAACCUUCAAAAGCCCAGAAGCAGAGGUAGGGUCAACGCCCGAAACUUCGCCCGUGAAGAAGAAACAAAACAAAUCACCAAGGCGUACAACGUCGCGAAGAUCGGAUGGUUCCUCAUCAUCGAGCGAUUCCAGUUCUAGUUCGGACUCCAGUUGUUCCUGUGGUUCCAACUGUUCUUGUUCCUCCUCUAACACAGGAUCAGGAUCUUCUUCUUCAUCUUCUUCCGAGGAUACAGAUUCAUCUGCAGCCUCUAAUGCGUCUGUAAGAAAGCGGCAUCGCAAGAAGUCUGAACGUGAUCGCAUGCGUAAACGAAGUGAAAGUCUUUCUCCUCUAAAGCAGGGUCAUAAGCAAUCCACUUCUGAAGUAAUUAAUGUGGAAGAUGAAGAUGGCAUGGGCAAAUCGCAAGAGCUUAGAGCUCCUUCGCCCCCCAAGGAACCGUUGUUCUACGAAAGCGACUUGGAAACCAACGAAUCCGAAACCGAUGAAGAGUUCUACGAUGAACAUCCCCAGAAGCUUGCCAGCGAGCUGUUAGCGCAGAAAAGGGCACAAUUAAUGGCACAAACAAGAUUGUCGCCUUCGCAUAACUAUGAUAUUGUGGAAAAUAGUCGGCCCUCCACUCCCUCACUGCCUGAAGAAGUGGCUUCUAACGAAAGGCCCAAGAUAAAAGUAAAAAAGAAGAAACGCGAUCGCAAAUCUUCAUGCAAAGGACACGCACAUACCAUGGACCAACAACAAUCACAUCAACAGGAAAAUGCGCCGGCGCAACAAAAUCUAAGCACUCCAUUGACCACUACUGCUCAAGACCACCACACAUUGGUACCACCGGUUGUUUUGCCAACAGUAGCACACAGUUUGGUCAAUCCCACAUUGGAUGGAAUGCAAAAUACAAUGUCCUUGCAACAAGGAAAUGUCUAUGCCGCUCCACCACAAACAGCUCAUAUGCACUUUAAUGAGCAACCUCUAACUCCUAGACCUAUUACCAUGCCACCAUAUGGCGGAGGUUCGCAUCAUCGAAUUAGUGAUGGCAGCAGCUGUUCCGAUGCGGAUGGCUCACUAAAACGUUCGAAGCGUGCAAGAAGGCCAAACAAAUUCUACGGCUACACAAGCGAUGACGAGAAUCUAUUAAAAGGACCGCCAUUGAUGAUAGGCACGAGGGCUUUUAAGCCGCAACCACCGCCUCAGCUAACAUGGCGCAAGGAGGAUUUGCCUACGCCCUCGAAAAGCAUACUCAAUAAUAAAAACAAAAGCCACAAAACAUUAAAAGCUCCGGCAGGUGUAACAAACAAUUUAUUCAACAGUAGCAUUACCACGCCCAGCGGCAAAAAGAGAUCCCGCCUAUCUCUGUUAGGAGGAGAAAAAUCAGCGAAGAAAAGGCCUUCGAAAAAGAAAGACCCUAAGGCAAAUAGUAAACUACCGCCUAUACCGACGCUAAAGAUAAGGCCCUCUGAGAUAGGCUUAAAUACUACCCGUAAUCAUGAGUCCCAAAAAUCGGACGAUCACUAUAACACCACGGACACGAGCAGUGACGAUGAACUAAAUACUUCAACCUCACACAUGCCCUCAACUUCUAAGAUCUCCGCUAAGCCCAUUCCCAAGAAUGCCAACAACUUGAACAUAGUCCUGCCCUCUCAACCACCUAGGCCUCCCACGCCCCAAACAAAAGCGUUCAAUCACAAAAUACCACCAGCCUUGCUUCCCAAUCCCGACUUUGCAACUCUACAGUAUUUUAAGGCCAACAAUAUUCGCUACCCCAUACGGCCACCAGCCGGAGCCAGACAAGCACGAGAAGGCGAAUCGGUAUACUGCUAUUGCCGCUGUCCCUACGACGAGGUGUCCGAAAUGAUAGCCUGUGACGGAGAGAACUGUCUCAUUGAAUGGUUUCACUUUGAGUGUGUGGGAAUCAUGGUGGCUCCACAGGGAAAAUGGUUUUGUGCCGAAUGUCGACCGAAAUAUUCGGAAGAGCUUUAUCCUUCGACUGCACUCGGCCAGCAUACCAAUGUUUAGUACGCUUGGAGCCGUUAUGCCCAAGAUUUAUGUAAAUAUGUAUUUAUGGGGAUCGCUAGACAUGCUCUCCCAAUCUCUCUUCCUAUCUUCUCUAUAUAUAUUUCACCUCUCAAACACGCACAUUCACUUUGCCGUGUCUCUAUGGAAUUCUCUAUGUAAAUAUUCUACGUUCCUCUUUCCUAUUGUACUGUACUCCUCCUUAUCGUGGUAUAUAACGAAAUAUAAUCAUCAUGGCUCAAUACACGGAAAGGAGUAAGGAAAAAAGGCUUCUACCAAGCCAUCCGGCUUCUGCUCCAUUUACAGGAAUACUAAAAUCGCCAAAAUACGCUUACUACAAUAUGAUGAUAAAUAAAAAAAAAAAAAAAAAAAAAACAAAAAAUUAAUUUGUUUACUCUCUGACUACUCUAUAGAUAUGGUUUAGCUUAAUUAUUUCUUAUGAAUAUCUAGAUUUUUAAAAAAUAUAAUGAAACCUUUCCAAAAUCGUGAACGAAAUUAAGUAUAAUAAACACACACACGCGUUUCAGCUCUGGGAUAUAGAAGCUCUUCUUUUCGUUAUUUUUAUUAUUUUUUUUAUCAAUAACUAUUAUAACUGUGCUACAUGUAAGAAAAUUUGGAGAAAGAAACACAAAAACAAAUUAUUGAAAUAUUUUAAACAUAAGCCUAGACUUACACAUACAUAUAUGGAUAUAUUAUACUUGAAUAACUUUAGAUACACCUAAGAUCUUCUCUGUAUAUAGUAUGUUUAUUUAAACAAAGAUAAUAUAAAAUAUGUAUAUUCUGAAACAUAGGUAUUACAUCAAAUGUAAUAUUGUUGUUUGAUUUGUGUAACAUUUUUUUAGUUUUCCCUAUUGCCAUUCAUUUGUUUGAAGAACUUAUGCAGCACUGAGAAACCUCCCAAACAAACACCAUUGUAAUUUUCUUAUGUUCUAUGUAAAAAUAAAUGACCGAAAAUAUUCAAAUUAUGAAAAUUUCUAAUACCCAAACCUAAUCUACAAUUACACACACACACACACCCAAAAAUAUAGCUAUGAUAUAUGAAAUAUAUAUUCUCUAAGUAAUCCGUGUAUAUUUUAUGCUUAAAUACAACUUCAAUUGCAAAAUCUAUGCAACAAAAGAUUGAA